UCCGUAAAAGAAAACCGGUAGCUAAGAUCGAUAAUGCGUAUCACCUGUAAUGGAUGUCGAAAAUCCUACUCUCGGAGGUGUGUGAAGUUAAUAUUUCCCGUUCUGGAUCUCUACUCUCAGAAUGCGACUCAGAUUAGACGAGGAAUAAACCAUUUAUUAUGCUUUCAUAAGUAAAGACCUUGGAUUAGACAUCGGAUAUCAAAAUACAUCGCAAAUGCAAAAGAGUUGGGAUCGACGAGACGCCGCGGUUGCACUUGCAGUUCAUGGAACCAGUGUUAUAGCAACCGGGAUGCGACGGCUCGUUGAAUGGUUCUAAUUGCAUUAUAAACAUGGAUGCAACAUCACUCAUUAUUUAGCUUGGGGAUAUUUACAGUGUGAUUAAAUAUCAUGAAUGUUGUCUAUGAUUGAUGGUUAUUGCAAUGGUAAGACAUGGCGGCUUUGAAGUGAAGAGUGAAACUUAGAAACCAGUUGAGAAGACGAGGCGUCAAGAUGGCAUCUCGUCCAAAUUUCAAUCCACAGUGGCACGGAUCGGCGGCGGCUUCUCGACGGAGACGCGUCGGCUUGGGUACUCCACAGUACCUCGGUGGAGGCAGCGCGUCGAUGCAGCCAAGGAAUUCUCGAAUGUUUAGCGGUGUCCAAUCCCAUAGAGUAAGAAAUUCUUAUGAUGCUAGGGAUUCUGGAGUUAGUUAUGUUCCAAGAGGACAGUUUGCCACAGACUUUGCAACUUACGAAGACGAUGUGAUAGUGGAAGAGAUCGAAGAUGAGGAUUGGGAGGAAUAUGGCUUUGGCGAGCGUGAAACAGUUGUGGAAAGGCAGUUGAGUCAGAGCAUAUCAUAUGACUCGGAUCUGUCCGGCAGUCCAUCUAAUUCUACUGUGAAGAGAACUACGGAAGAUUGGCACUCGGUGUUUGAUACACGGUUGCAACAAUCAUCAGACUUUUCAGUAACCGCCACUUUGCCCAAAGGACGGAAAGUUUCGUUGCAGUGUGUAGACGGCAUGCGAGUGAGGGAUCUCUUGGCUGGUGCUAUGUUAGAAUACAAGCUUCCAGACUGUAGGGUUCGUCUAGUCUCAACGAGGGCGCUACUCAACGAGGAUGCAGAAGCUUAUUUACUCAGGAAUAAAGACAUUGAAUUUGAGGAGAGGUUGCUGGAAAUACCAGUAGAAGGUACCACCGACCGAUGUCUAGCUCUUCUUCUCAACUUUGUCAUAUCACAGAGGGAUUACUGUGAUCUCCUACGCAGCUACUUCAAUACCUAUGAAGAUCCACUAAGUCAACUACCUUCAUUAUCAUCAUACCAUAAACGAUUGUUGUUCUCAAAUCUCAGGCCAAUUCUACGCUAUAGUACCAGACUAUUAGCACAGUUAGAGGAGUUAGUCACAAGCUGGAAUACAAGACACAAACCUAUAGGUGUCAUCUUUUCACGUGAACUUUGGCAGGAACACAGAAAGUAUUACAACACAUACAACGAAAUCAGGAAACUUACACAUUAUCUUCGCCAACACAACCAAGAGUUUAUUGAACUAUGCCAAGAGCUACGAGGUGCUGCAAGACAUUCAUUUGAUUCACUCAUUUUACUACCGGUAAGUUGAAAGGAUGGAGAUGAUGGCGAGAAGGAGGAGGGGGUGGGAUGAUGAGGAUGACAAUGUUCCCAAUUAUAAUCAUGUGGAAGUGAUAUGGAUAAUAAAAAGACAGGAAUGAUGAGAAUGAUGCUGGUGAUGAGGAUAAUGAUUAAUAUGAUGAUGAUGGUGGCGGUGGUAUUGGUGAUGAUAAGGAUGAGGAUGACAAUUUUCCUAAUUAUAAUGGUGUGGUGGUGAUGUAGAUAAACAUAAAGACAGUAAUGAUGAGAAUGUUAUUGAUGAUGGUGGUGAUGGUGAUGAGGAUAAUGAUGGUGAUGAUGAUAUG